UCCCACCCCCACCUCCAAGAAGACAACCUCAGUCCCUCACUCUCCGCCCUCACCUUACACCGGCGGGAAAGGAGCGUGCUUCUCCGCUCGCUGAAAUCUCGCGGCGGUGGCUGGUUGGCCUUCUGCUCGGGAUCUGGUACAGCAAGAUAACUUCUGCAGAGGUCAGAGGGGAGGCCGGUGGUAGGUAGGCUUCUGCUUCUCCUCCGUCCUCGGCGGGUCGAGCAGAUUCUCUUCACCGGUGUGCUGCUCUGACGCCGUCUUCCCCGUGCCAACUCGACACUGCACAGUAAACUGCAAUAAAGAGAUGGACCCCGGGAAUGGUUUUCUUGCUGCCAAGCUAACUGAUGAUCUGGUGGUGGAGAUCCUCUCCCGGCUGCCGUUCAAGUCUUUUUGCCGCUUCAAAUGUGUCUGCAAGGCCUGGCUUGCCUUAUCCUCUGAUCCGCAAUACUGCAAGAAGCUUCUGAAAAUUCCAACAGGUCUUCUCUACCAACGACGUUAUAACUCUGCUAUCAAGCUCGCUAGCCUGCCCCACAAUGAUAAGGAUUUUGAUGAAGCUCUUAGUUUCCUACCACAGUAUGAGCAAUUAGAGCUGAUGGACUCUUGCAAUGGCCUAGUCCUUUGUAAGUACAAGAACAGCUACACUCCUCCAGCUCCAGGUAUUUGCCGCUUUAUCGUGUGCAAUCCGGCAACACGAGAGUGGAAGAUGCUCCCGGAUACUCCUCCUAGCCAUUAUGACCCUUUUUACAAUAUGAGUAUUCUGGCCUUCAGCACAUCAUGGUCGGCAAAUUUCUACGUCUUCAACUUUCAGCGGCUCAGUACACGCUAUUUGGGAUUUGGCCCCGUCAAACUUCAGGUGUUUUCGUCUGACCUUUCCACUUGGUUUCUGGACGAUACAUCAUGGCUCUCUGGGACAUCAGUUUCUCAACCACACAUGUUUAUUGAUGGAGCACUGUACGUGCACACAGAUUUGCAUGAGAUUAUGGUACUGAAGAGCUUGGAGGAAACUAGUUCUGGCAUUGCGCCCUCUCUUCGGACUAUUAAGUUGCCGCAUGAAAAUGUCGGUUUUGUGGCUAGGUUUGGCCAACGUUGCUUCGGCCAAUCUUCGGGGGCCUUGCAAUACGCAUUGCCAGAGGAGGAUGCUCGUACGAUUCUUGUUUGGAGUCUUGAUGUUGAUGAGCCUUAUGAGUGGAGCCUCAAGUACCGCCUCAGUAUGAGCCAUGCAUUCGGAAGGGACAACCUUUGUCAGUAUGGCGUGCAUUCCUGGCAAUGUGACUAUGAGGUCAUCGCUCUUGACCUGGAGAGAGAUGGUGUUCUCCUGUUCGACAAACGGGCGGACAAGCUUCGUUUGUACAAUACAAGAACCGGUGAACUUGACGAGAUUCAACCAGAAGACCACCGCUGCCGCAAGUUGCAAGAUGCGUACUAUCAUUAUGUGGCAUCCUACUCAAAGCUCCCAGCUUUGUUUGGCUUUUGAGUGUCGCGCCUCUUUAUGCUGUCAAACAAUGCGGAGUAUUUAUGGAUUGUAAUCUAGGACCAUUUUUUUGUUUUCUUGAACCUAUUCCAGUAGUACCAAUAUUAAUGAGGUUAGCUCUAUUCUGUCACUGAUUGUAGCAGCAGCUGCAUGUAAGCUGGGAGCUAUGUAUUCUGCCCUAGCCUAGCCAUCUCUCUGAAAAUAUAAUUCCUGAAAUUGCUGAGGGAAGAUGCUGAAUUUCUUGGAAAUACUGGAGGCCUGUGUGCCCCGUUUAUCA